UAAAGAGAGAUUUGUUGAUAAAAUCAUGAAGACACGCGUGCUGUUAGUGUUGAUGCUGUCACCUAUGUGUGUAACUGGACAUUUCAACUCAUGUCCUCGUGGAUGCGAGUGUUCCCAAUGGAGAGUUUUCUCUGUCUCAUGCAUGGACAUUGACGUUAUUCCCACGUUUCCCUCAAAUACAGAAACAUUAAGCCUCUAUGAGACAAGCCUGACCACAAUUCGUCAAGAUGCCUUUGCAAGUUUGGUCAAUAUCUCAAGAAUCUAUCUGUCCGUGGAUGUCUCUCUGAGUAGGUUAGAGAAGCAUUCUUUCUACAGCCUGAGGAGGAUUACACAUAUAGAGAUCAGGAACACGAGAAAUCUGACAUUCAUCCAUCCAGAGGCAUUUAAGAAUCUCCCUAAUUUACAGUAUUUGGGCUUAUUCAACACGGGUCUCAGCAUCUUCCCUGAUCUGACCAACAUCCACGCUGAGGAUUCAUACUUCCUGCUAGAGAUAAGCGAUAAUCCCUACAUUGCCGAAAUUCCAGCUAAUGUGUUCCUUGGUAUUACCAAUGACAUUCUGACAGUUAGGCUGUACAGUAAUGGCUUUAGGAACAUCCAAAAUCAUGCUUUUAAUGGGACAAGGCUGGACUCAGUGUACCUGCACAGAAAUAAACAGCUGAUGCGGUUGGACGAGAGAAUGUUUGCGGGGACCAGCAGUGGCCCAAUGCUCCUGGAUGUUUCAGAAUCGGCUAUCACUUCCCUCCCAACCAGAGGCUUAGAGUCGCUUCGAGAACUCUGCGCUCGGAACGUCUGGACCCUAAAAAAACUGCCACCGAUUAAAACCUUCAGACACCUGGUUACAGCAGACCUGACCUACCCCAGCCAUUGCUGUGCAUUCAAGAACUUGAAGAAGAAAAGAGGGUUCUUGGAGGACAUCAUUUGUAACCUGACAGCCAGGUAUAAUCAACUCCAAAAAAGAUCCGUGGGCACUUUUAUGAUUCCUGGGCUACGCAGCAGCAUGGAACCUGGAGUUGACCAGGGCGAUACCCUCUUCAGAGACACCUAUGACCACCAGGACUUCUACAGCAGUCUGCAUUACCACACCUUCUUCGGUGGGCACCCAGAUGAUGACGUGGGUUUUGGGGAGACGUUGAAGAACCCCCAGGAAGACACCAGCCAUGAGUUCGACAGUCGUUACGACUACAUUGUGUGCGAGGAGGGAGAGGAGGUUGCCUGUUACCCUGCUCCCGACGAGUUCAACCCUUGCGAGGACAUCAUGGGUUUCGGCUUUUUGAGAGUGUCUGUAUGGUUUGUCAGUUUGCUGGCUGUGUUGGGAAACCUGCUCGUGCUGUUGGUGCUGCUCACCAGUCAUUACAAACUGUCAGUUUCGAGGUUUUUAAUGUGCCACCUGGCCUUUGCCGACCUGUGCAUGGGCAUUUACCUGUUGCUCAUCGCUUCAGUCGACCUCCAUACGCGUUCUGAAUACUACAAUCAUGCGAUCGACUGGCAGACCGGUCCGGGUUGCAACCUGGCUGGGUUCUUUUCUGUCUUCGCCAGUGAGCUGUCUGUCUACACGUUGACCACGAUUACCCUGGAGCGCUGGUACGCCAUCACCUUCGCCAUGCAGCUGGACCGCAAGUUGCGUCUGUCCCACGCCUUCAUCAUCAUGGUGAUGGGUUGGGUCUUCUGCCUCCUGUUGGCCCUCAUGCCUCUCGUGGGUGUCAGCAGCUACCAGAAAGUCAGCAUAUGUCUGCCCAUGGACACCCAGACGCUUGUGGACCAGGUCUACAUCCUUUUCGUGCUGGUUCUUAACAUCCUUGCUUUCGUGGUCAUCUGUGGAUGUUACAUCAAGAUCUACUGCGCCGUGCACAACCCCAGCCAUCGUUCAGCCAACAAGGACACCAGCAUCGCUAAACGGAUGGCUGUGCUCAUCUUCACUGACUUUCUCUGUAUGGCACCCAUAUCGCUGUACGCCAUGACGGCUGCGUUGGACCACCCGCUCAUAACCGUUUCAAACUCCAAAAUCCUGUUAGUGCUCUUUUACCCACUGAACUCCUGCGCCAACCCUUUCCUCUACGCCAUCUUCACCAAGGCCUUUCAAGGAGAUGUCUUUAUUCUGCUUAGUAAAGUGGGGCUCUGUCAACAACAGGCCCAAAUGUUUCGAGGUCAGACCGUAUCCUUUAAAGCGAGCAGCAGACGUGAGAGGGAGCAGACAGGAGCGAAGGAAACUCCCAUCUCCCUGCUGGAUUACCCCGGUAACCAGCCAGCCACGCAACAGCAGGAUGACAGUGAUGGGAAAGACGUGACACAAGACGAGGACUGAAAUGUGGACAUCCAACAGGAUUGGAAUCAGUUAGACUGCGGUGCUGCAAGACGACACAAAGCACAUUUAUCACUUGAAGGGUCUGCUUUUAAAUAAUGGACUUAAAAUCUAUAGAAAUUCUAUGCUAUGCUGUCAUUUGCAGGUUUUAAAGCGUU